AAUGAGUGAAACCCCUUCUUCUAGUUUUUCAAUGAUUCACCCGACCUCUUCAGAAAGCGGCCAGACUUUCUCCCCUCGCCACUUCAGCAUCAUUGACCCCGUUGUGGCCAAAAGAAUUUGUUUCUAUAAAAGCGGAGACCCCCAGUUCAAUGGAAUCAAGAUGGUGGUCAACCAUCGCUCCAUUAAGACAUUCGAUGCCUUGCUUGACAACUUGUCCAGGAAGAUCCCCUUACCCUUUGGAGUGAGGAACAUCAGCACACCCCGGGGUCUCCACAGCAUCACCAACCUGGAAGAGUUAGAGGAUGGCAAAUCUUACAUUUGCUCUCACCGAAGGAAGAUGAAGCCCGUCAACUUGGAGCAGGCCAGUAGGAAGCCCUUGCCCUGGCAGAGCAGCAGGCCCAUCAGUGCCCGACACCGGGCCGCCCAGAUGGCCAGGCAGAACCGAGUUGGCGCUGCUCAGUGGAUGGCGCCAGUGGCUAUCCGGACUCCCAAAAGGAUCACGGUUUUCAAAAAUGGUGACAUGAGGACCAGGUGCACUGUUCUUCUGAGUAGGAAGGUCACUCAGAGCUUUGAGGCCUUUUUGGAUCAUCUGACAGAACUCCUGCAGUACCCGGUGGUGAGGUUGUACGCUGUCGACGGAAGGAAGGUUGCUAAUCUACAAGCAGUGUUCCUGACCGUUGGAGCUUUAGUGGCAGCCGGAAGGGAGCCAUUCAAACCAGGCCAUUAUGAUCUCCAGCUACAUUCGAUUCCUUCUCGAUUUUCAACUGGCUCCAGCCCUGUGGUCCCCAGAGCAAAUGCUAAUCCAGGAGGGAGAAAAAGUAGGAUCUUCUCAUUCUGCAAAUGGAAAGUGUCGAUCAUCACCAGUGAACUGCCCCAUGCAGGAACCAGCUCCCGGAUUUAUAUUGUGCUUUAUGGCUCUCACAGAAGCUCUGGGCCUAUCUUCCUUUAUCGUGCCGAUGAGGAUCUGUUUCAAGAAGGCCAUGAAGACACCUUCACUAUUAACCCUGGAGAUGUUGGCGAGCUCUACAAGAUUCGCGUUGGCCACAGUAACUCUGGCCCUUCUCCUGGCUGGCACUGUAAGGAGAUACAGCUACUGAACCUGCUUUCAGGGGAACAGUUCAAUAUUCCUGCUCACCGCUGGCUGGCACAGAAUCAGGAGGAUGGGGAAAUCUGUCGGGAAUUUCCAAUUUCAAGACAGGGACAACCAGAUCUUCCAGUGACUAGGUACGAGGUGCUCGUGACAACUGGGGAACUGUGGAAUGCUGGGACAGAAGCCAGUGUCUUCAUUUCCAUCUAUGGAGAAAAGGGAGACACAGGAUCCAGGAAGCUGUUUAGAUCAAAGAAUCCCAAGGCAUUUCUGAAAGGACAAACGGACAUCUUCUCCCUCGAAGCUGUAUACCUUGGGUAUUUGUAUAAUCUGGUUAUCGCCCAUGAUGGACUUGGCUCAGGAAAUGGAUGGUUCCUAGAUGAAGUUGUAAUCAAAGAUCCUAUUGCAGACCUUGACUACACCUUCUUGUGUCACAGGUGGCUGGAUCAAGGAGAGGAUGAUGGGAAAAUUGUAAGAAAACUGUACCCCACUGAUAACGGCUCCCUCCCUUCGAGGCAAGAGUUGGAACUCAAAAGAAAAGAAACUUGGGCCGCUGAGGGCUGGAAGCUGAAGGAAGGCAACAUUCUUCAGUUUUACAGCAAGCUCACUGGAGGCUUCAUCCGUCUCCAUCCAGAUGGCACCGUGGAUGCCCUCGGGGAAAAGACAGAUCCAUUUGGCCUUUUUGAUGUAACUGUCAAACGAGAAAACAUAUACAUUUUCCACAGUCAUCAGUUGCGACAUCUUUCUCUUGCCCUUGACAAUGGCACUGUCACAGGAGUGGCCAGCAGUGAGUCUAAAUGUGAACUACAGAUCCUCCAUCGGUCAAAUCGCUGUGCAGUUCUGGAAUCUGUCAAAGAUCCCAGACAGAUGGUUACAUUCAACCCUCAGGGCAGAGUAACAGAUGAAUCAGUGGGCUCUGUGGAACUUUCGAGAGAAUUUAUGAUCCAUGUUAAGGGUGUGUUCCACAGUGGUGCAGUGAUCCUGCUUGCGACAAGUCUAUGCCAGGCUCUGUGCCUCAGAACUGACGGGAGCUGCAACGGAGUGGGACAUCAGUCAGAAGAAUCUUACUGGAAAGUGCAUAAAAUCAGCUCUGGGGUUUGCAUGUUUGAAAGUGUGAAAAAUCCAAGAAAAUAUCUGAGGAUCUUGGAUGGCCGUUGUGAUGGAACAGGCACAGGGGACCUCGACUGCCACUUUAAAAUCGAGAAGAAGUUAGCAAGUGGAUCUGUAAGUCUUGAAUCAGUGGAAAACAGAGGGCUGUUCGUGGGACUUCUUCCGGAUGGGCAGGCCAAACCGCUUGUUUAUACUGAAGACAGAAAUAUUUUGUUCUACCCACAAGUCAUCCAAUUUGGCAGGGAAAAACCAAUGGGAACAUCAGCUACCCCCAGCCAGCAAGGGGAGGCGGAGCACAGAAGAACCAAGCCUCAAGUGGAAACAACGCAGAAGUCCGUGGCCGCAAACCUCUCCAAACCAGUCUCUCCACUGCCAGCGGAAAUAAAAACGUCCCAGCAAAGCAAGAGUCCCCUUCUCUUCGAGGACACAUGGAAGGUGUCGGUCCUGACAGGAGACACAGGAACUCAAGCCAACGUCUCCCUCUGGGUCUAUGGAGACAAAGGAGCUGUCGGACCGAUAACUCUUAGCAAGGACAACCAAGAACAGCUGUUUCUUCCGAGGCAGGAGGAUGAAUUUCAGAUCAAGAUAAAAAAUGUUGGUGAGCUCUAUAAGAUAAGAAUAGGACAUGAUGGAACCAGUGGCCAACCCGAAUGGAAGUUAGAAAAGGUUACCAUGGAGCACCUAGGGAUGAGCAGCACCCUAUACUUUGAAGCAAACAAGUGGUUAUCUAGAACCUGUGGUGAUGGGGACAUCAUCUGUGAGCUCCCUGUAGAGCGUGAAGGAAAACCAAUUCUUCCAAUGGUGAAGUACUGUGUUUAUGUCCACACUGGCCAAAUGAAGCAAGCAGAAACCAAAUCCUCAGUUUACCUAUGUAUCUACGGAGAGAGAGGCGACUCAGGCCUAAGACUUCUGCACAAAUCUGACAUGCCCAUAAAAUUUCAGCGAGGACAGAUUGAUAUGUUUCACGUCGAAGCAGUGUCUCUUGGCAAACUGAAGAAGGUGCUGUUGCACUGUGAGGCCAGUGAGCCAUCCCAGUACUGGUACUGUGCUAAAGUCAUCGUCGGAGAGCUGGAGAAGGAAGGAGAGUCGGUCUUCAACUGCGAACGGUGGCUUCCCUAUAUGUCCCAAGGCAUAAUUCAAUCAGAAAUUGAACUCUUUCUUCAAGAAAUGCAAAUAAAUCAUCAGCCUAAAACGCAAGAGGAAGCGAAUGAGGGAGACUGGAAGAUAACUGUAGUGACUGGAGAUUUUGAGCAGGCCGGCACCACGGCCACCGUGUCCCUUUAUACCUAUGGAGAAAAAAAGGCUUCAGGUCCUAUUAUUUUGGGAUCUGGGAAACAUCAACUCUUUAAUCCCAACAGCGCAGACACAUUCAAGGUUAACUUUAAAGAUCUUGGCGAACUGUAUAAAAUCCGCAUUGGACAUGAUAAUAGGGGUAAGGAUCCUGGUUGGUAUCUGGAAGAGGUUCGACUGGAAGAAAUAGCUACACAUCAAUUGUUCUUCUUACCGGUGGAUUGCUGGAUAGAUGAGAAUGAAAAAGGUGGUGGUACAUGGAAAGAAAUUGCCAUUCCAAGACUUAACCAGGAGCCUUUGCCAUUGGUGGAUUAUGAAGUCCACGUGUACACUGGCUCCACACUAGGUGCCGAAACAGACGCUAAUGUGUCCAUUAAUGUCAUUGGAACUAGAGGAGAUGCUGGGAUGCGGAAACUUCAUCAUUCCAAGAAUAACAAAGUCAAGUUCCAACAUGGUCAGGUUGAUAUCUUUGGUAUUCAGGCUGUAUCUCUUGGAGAGCUGAAGAAAGUUCUGGUUGGUCAUGAUGGAACUGGUCCAGGAAAUGGAUGGUUUCUGGAAAAGAUUGUUAUCAGAUUUAAAGAGAAACAAGAUGAACAAGAAGUUGUAUUUCCUUGUAAUAGGUGGCUCGAUGAAUACCAGGAUGAUGGGAAGAUUGAGCGGGAGUUGCCAGCAGGAAAAUCUACUCAAGACCAAUGAAGCAACACAUCUGCACUGACACUGGCAACCCAAAUGCUGGGAGAUAGAGAUAUUGCUUGUUGGAUGAUAAACCAAGUCCUCUGCAAACCAUCAGAAGUGCCGCACCUUGAAGGGACACAUGUCAGGACUAUAUUUUGGAUAUCUCAUCGGUUCUGCCCUUGCAGACUUCACCAUUUUCAGCUUGAUUUCUUCCUUUCGCCUAAAAGUUGAUAUUUAUUUUGCUCUUUUCUAGCUAACCAUCGUAGAGAUGGUCGGCAUCUCUCCUUGCCUUUUGAGAUUUUUUUUUUCAAAUUUACUAGCAUUCAUAUUCUACGGCUUCUCGAUGAUUUUUAAAGAGAUGAAUAGGAAAGGUUAAACAGGAAAGAAAAUCUAAAAUAAAUACUGGCAUAAAGUCAGGCAGGUGAUCAGGUUUACUGAAAUUUGUCUUAAAAAUAAAAGGCUGGCCAAGCAGAGCACUAAAAAGGAAGUCUCUGAAGAGACUGUCAGGGCUUUGCUGUUGGACAAUCCCUAAGGUAAAAGCAAAAUUCCCGCAGAUCUCAUCUGCUAGGACUUAUAAGCAAAUGUCAAUAUAAAAAAGGCCUCCUCCCACCCGCAAUUCUUACCUCCCUCAUGCUAUCACAUACGUUUAGCUUGAGGUCUAAUUAUUGGUGAUUUUUGAGCUUCAGCAGGAAGCAGUGAGGGUUUCUGAGGAAUUAGUUGUAAUGGUAUUUACUGAAUGCUUACUUAAGUGCACCGCUAGGGAAGGUACAACAGAAGCAAAAGACAUGUUCCUCACCCAAAAGGACCAUACAUCUUAAUAGACAAGACGGGUAUAAAAAUAUUUACAACCACUGAAAUCAGAGUCAAUGAAUUGGUUAUCCAAUCGAAUAUACCAACGUGCACAAGUUCUGGGGUUGAGUUCAAAUAGAUUCAUAAGUUCAAGAGAUGACUAAUGGUCAAUACAACUCAGGGUGGGGAAAAUGAGUCAGGAAAAGUUUGUUGGAGGAGGUGGGAAUUCACAAGGAGUAUUCACCCAGAGUGGGACAACCUGCCCAGCAGCUCCAAAAGAGCCUGCUGAGUCAAUGACUCUCAGGGCUGAGUCCAAAGCCAUCUUUUAAGCUGAGCUAUCGCAUCCUUCGUGACAAAAUGGCUCGAGUGGCACAGACUAAACCCGACCUAGGUUUUUCUGGUGAUUGAUUUUACUGUUUUACAUUGCAAAUAGGGUACCCUUAUUUUUUCCGUAAAUCACAGAAUCCGUAGAUAAUAAAUGACAAAGGAAGCCGAGUGGCCAAAAAAGCAACAUGUUUGCACCACAGCAGAAGGGGAGUGUAGGAUGCCAAACACCAGAGCAAAUCAUCAAGCAUAUUCUUAGAGAAAGUGAUUUUAAAUCACUAUAUUGUGUUCUGCUAGGGCACCUCAGCGAUAAAAUGUUCAGUGCCAUGUCACUGUCAGAGAAUCAGCACUCUUUGUACAUUAAGAGUGGUAACCUACUCUGUUCUCCAGCUUUGAGUGAUAGCAGAGACUGGGUUUUUAACCAAUCAGUCAAUCA